AUGUAUAGCGGCGCAGCGGCCGCGGCGGGCAGUGCGCCCGAGCGUGCCAUGCGGGCCGCCGCGCUGCUGCUGCUGCUGGGGGCGCUGGCCACGCCCGCCGCCGUCGGGGACGCGCCCUGGGACCGCCUCGACGAGCUACUUCCACCCUCUUUGCGGGAUGCAUUGCCUACCGUUUUGCGCUUCGCCGGCGAUCUCUGUGAACUACCGGAGACGAGGUCGGAUCCGGACAUCGAGGAAGGCGAGCUGUACGUAGUGGAGCACUACUCGGGCCGGCGCUCGCGCUACCCGGCGGCGGCGGCGGCGGCGCGGCUGCGGCGGCUGCGGCCGGCGCGGCUGGCGCUGUACGCCGGCGGCUGGGGCAACGAGCCCGGCGACGCGGCCGCGCGGGCGCUCGUGCCGGCGCUGCUGGCCGAUCACGCGCUGGUGCUGGAGCUGGACGCGGCGCGGGCGCUGGGCGGCUCGUACGCGGCGGCCGCGGCGCGCGUGCCGCGCCUGGCGCGGGCCGCGGCCGCGCUGCUGCUGGGCGCGGCGGGCGCGGGGCUGGCGCCGGGCCGCGUGCACGCCGUGGGCUUCAGCCUGGGCGCGCACGUGCUGGCGGCGGCGGCGCGCGCGGCGCGGCGGCGCGGCGCGGGCCGCCUGGCGCGGCUCACGGCGCUGGACCCGGCGCGGCCGUGCUUCGCGCGCGGCCGCGCGGCGCGGCGCUGGCGGCUGGCGCGCGGCGACGCGCACUUCGUGCAGGUGCUGCACAGCAGCGCGCUGGGGCUGCGCCGGCCGCUGGGCCACGUGGACGUGUACGCGCGGCCGGCGCGCGGCGGCGCGGCGGCGCUGGCCGCGGCGCACGCGGCGGCGUGGCGCCUGUGGGCGCGGCCCGGCCUGCGCGGCCGCCGCUGCGCCUCCACGCGCGACCUGCGCGACGGCAGCUGCGCCGGGCGCGCGGAGUCGGUGGGAUACACCUGUGCUCCCACCACGCGCGGUGUCUUCUUGUUGCAAGAAGAAGACACCUGA